CGGCGGCGGCGGCGGCGGCGGCGGCACCGGGCGAGGCGGCGAGAGCGCGGCGGCGCGUUUCCGAGUCCCCGUCGCGGGCAGGGGCGGCCGGCUGGGAAGGGCCGGCCAUGGCGGAGCCGAGCCCCGAAGAUCCACCUCCGAGCCUCAAAGCGGAGACGCAGCCUCCAGAGAAGCGGCAACGGACCAUUGAGGACUUCAACAAAUUCUGCAGCUUCGUCCUCGCCUAUGCCGGCUACAUCCCUUCUUCUAAAGAGGAAAACGACUGGAUGCCCUCCGGAUCCAACUCCCCCAUCCGACCCGAGAGCGUGGUGGACAGUGACGGCUGGGAGUCCACGCAGUCAGACCUGCACACCAUUGAGACUUUUGUGAAGAAGGCCAAGUCGUCUAAGAAGAAAGCGGCCUUCCGGCGCCUGAAGUCUGACAGCUCGCUGCUGGAGAAAAUGAAACUCAAGGACUCCCUUUUCGACUUGGACCCCGUCGGCAAGCAGCCGCCACCCCUGGCAGGACCCAAAGCGGCCACGGACAAGAAGAAGGACAAGCGGAACCGGAAGGCCGCCCUGGAAGCCGGGGGCACCAAGCGGAACCGGAGCGACCCGGUGGGGGAGAAGCGCGCGCGGAUCAAAAAGAGCAAGAAGCGGAAGUUGAAACGGGCUGAGCGCUGUGAGAAGUCGCACAAGGCUUCCGUGAGCGAGACGGACUCGGAGGAGGAGGACGGGGUGGCCCCUCCGCGGCCAGGCGUGGAGGAGGGGGCGGCCGCGGCCCGGGUCUCGGUCCAGGCUCCCCCGGAGCUGCUGGCCACCACAUUCCCCAUUAAGCUGGAGGACGUGGAAGGGAAGGAGGGCAUCAGCACCGAGACCAGCCAGGACGGGGAAGGAAGCUCCAGCGAAGGCGAGAUGAGGGUCAUGGACGAGGACAUCAUGGUGGAGUCAGGAGACGACUCGUGGGACCUCAUCACGUGCUACUGCCAGAAGCCGUUUGCCGGACGGCCCAUGAUCGAGUGCAACCAGUGCGGCACCUGGAUCCACCUCUCCUGCGCCAAGAUCAAGAAGACCAACGUCCCCGACAUCUUCUUCUGCCAGAAGUGCAAAGAAAGUUCUCGGAAGCAGCCGCUGCUGGCUCCCCCGCCCCCCACGGCUCUCGGCGCAACUGCGGCCCUCGCGUCCCGGGGAGGCGGGGAGCCCUAGCACAGGAGGGGUCGCGGCUCUCGGUUGGGCUUUCGUCCCGGAGAGGGAAAAGACUGGACGGAGCAGGAGGCCUGCUCCGGAUGGGGGCCCCCUUUGAGCCCCAGGGGCGGAAGACGAGGCGCUGGGCCCUGGAGGCAGUGACGACCCCAGCGCCUACGGAAAUAAUCGGCAGGCGCCGGCUCGGCCGCGUUCAGCCCCCGCCUUGGCUCCCCCUCCUGCCUGUGGGCCUGAUCCUGGCCCGCCUUCAUCUUCCGGGAAAGGCAGGGUGCCCUGAUGGCCGGGAAGGGGAGGGCCCUGCGCCCGCUGCUGGGCGGCCGGGGCCGGGGGAAGGGCUGCGGAGGGAGGACGGCGAAGCGGCCCGUCUUCUCUGGGCCCUUCUGCCGCCCCGCCCCGCCCCAGCGAAGCUUCUCUGUACAUAGAAGACAAAAGGGGGUUUGCUUCUCCCCUUCCCUGGGUGGGUCGGUUGGUGGUUUCCCGGUUGGGAGCCCUUUGAAAGGAAGUUUGUGCCCUCGUUUUCUGGCUCGUUCCUCCCGGGGCUGGGGGGGCCCCGGGGAGGAGGCCCCGCACGCCCGCGCCGCCUCGGUCAGGCCUUCGUGUUUCCGGAGGGGGCAGUUCCAUUUCGUUCCCGUUAAUACCGAGUCAUUAAAAAAAAAAAAAGCCAGGAGGAGAACAGGAGAGGCGGGAAGGCUCCUUCCUCCCGGCGUUGGCCCCCUCCGGGCGGCCCGGGAGGCCCUUUCCACUUCGCGGGGGGGAGGGGGCGGGCCCCGCGGCGCCCUCCCCGGUCCCGCCGUUUGUUUUAACAUUUGCAGAAGUGUACAUCGGAGAAUUUUCGACUGUAAAUAAAAAGACGUAGACCCUUUGGGAGUUUGUA